CUCCAUUUUGUUUAUUAUUUUCAAGAAUAAUAAAAAAAAAUAAAAAAAAAUAAAUAAAUAAUAAAUAAAUAAUAAAUAAAUAAUAAAGAACAAAAAUAAUAAAGAAAUAAAACAGAAAUCGAAAAAAAAUAUUAAAAAUGACAGAAACACCGGCAGUUGUCAAAACUAAUCAAUCCGAUGAAAAUGAUGAAUACAAUCCUUAUGAUCAUCGAGAGGAAACGAAUAAACGUGUCUCAGAUUUUGGCUCAUUGGCGAAUAUGGUGAAAAGUGCAAUAGGUACUGGUAUUUUUACAUUACCCAAUGCAUUUGUUGCUGUUGGAAUGUAUCCUGGAAUAGUUGGUAUAUUUAUUCUUGGAAUUUGUCUCACCAUAACACUUCACAUGUUAGUUAAGACUCAUUAUAAAAUGUGUACUAUUGAAAAAAAAUCAUUCUUGACAUAUGAACAACUCUGUGAAAGUGUUCUUGCGACUGGUGCAUUGAAGGAUACAAAAAUCGCUAGGUUUUUGGUACUCUUGGUGAACAUAACUCUAUUUGCUUCGUACAUUGGAAUUUCCUCAGUUUAUGUGGUUUUUAUUUCUGGAAUUAUUCAAGAAAUAAUUGAUCCUGAAAAACAUAUUGGUCAGGGAACUUAUGCAUUGAUGUUGUUUCCAUUUUUGUUUAUUGUUAAUUUAAUGAGAAAUUUGAAUGACAUAACGCCAUUGUCAAUAAUGGGCAAUUUAUUUGUUAUAAUUUCAUGUGGAAUUGGUUUUAUUUACGCUGUAAAAGAUGGUUUUGGCAAUACCUGGCUGUCAAUUCAACCUGAUUUAAAAGUUUAUCCAAGAUUCAUUGGAGCAAUAUUUUUUAGUCUCUGCUCACCGGGAUUGAUAUUGGAAAUUGAAAGAAACAUGAAAAAACCUUGGAAUUAUGAAAAGCCAUGUGGUGUUCUUGAUUUGGGAAUGAUUUUUGUAAUGAUUUUUUACUCUAUCAUUAGUGGUGCCGUUUAUGCCAAAUGGGGUCAAGAUGCAAAUGCAAAUUUUAUUCGAAAUCAUCCAGAACUUGACGCAGCAACAUUAGCAGCUCUUAUUAUGCAAGUGUUAUCAAUAUAUUUCACCUAUGGACUUAUGUGUUAUUUACCAGUUUUAAUAAUACAUGAAAAAUAUGUUAUUGAUUCUAUUGAACGUUCCACUUCGAAAAAAAGAACAGAAUUCCUUUGGUUUUUUUUCCUUCGUUUUGGCGUGACAGUAGUUACAUGUGGAUUAGGUGCUGCUGUGCCAAGACUUGAAAUUUUUACCGGAUUAGUUGGAGCAAUUUGUUUGGGUGUUUUAGGUGCUGUUAUACCAGUUAUUCUUUAUAUUGUUGUUAAUAUUGAUGAAUAUGGACGUUAUAAGUGGAAAUUGUAUGCAUCAAGUUUUUUGCUGUUUAUCGGUAUUUUUUGUACUCUAUGCGCCACUGUAGUGUAUUCCAUUGAUCUUAUUAAUUUUCUCGUUUACGGGUAGGUUAUUUUGUCAUUUUAUCUAUAUACACAGCAUCCACAGAGAAAAAAACGUUUGUUCAGUUUUUAUCAUUAUAUAUACAUAUAUAGAGAGAGAAAAAUUAAAUAUUUUC